CUUAGCUCAGAGCAGAGGAACAGAUGUCUAGAACAAGCUAGGGUAUUGAAAAAAAUAGGAAACACAAGGUUUGUGUACCUCACUGAUUUUAAAAACCACUGCAAAAUAUAUGAUGACGGUCAAUGUAGAUACAUCAGAUGGUCUCGUUAAUGGAGCCACAGGUGUUCUUAGGGAGAUAGGCUUCAGUACGUCCAACACUCCGAAUAUUCUUUGGAUAGAAUUUUUAGAUGAAAGCAUAGGAGUUAGUGCACGAUUAAAGUGCAGUCACCGUCAAGAGCCUUCAUGGACCCCAGUAGUUAAGAUUAUCAAGAGCUUUCAGAUUAAUUCCAGCCAGGCCACUACCAUUGACCGAAAGCAGUUUCCAGUGGUACCUGCAGAAGCCAUUACUUUUCACAAAAGUCAAGGAGCUACGUACAACAAAGUGGUGGUUCACACUAGUUCAGGAAUGCAGAGAGCUGCACUGUAUGUAGCCUGUAGCAGAGCCACAAGUGCAGCAGGUCUUUAUAUCAUUGGACCUUUCGUCCCUCCAAGAUCCGCUCAGGACUCAGCUUCAGAAGAAGAGCUCCGAGAAUUGCGUUCCGCUAAAUUACUGAAUACCCAUUUCGAUUGCUUACUCAAUAGUCCGAACCUUCAUGUCUUUUUCCAUAAUACGGAAAGCUUGCACUGCCACAUUAGCGAUGUAUGUUCCGAUCAGCUAAUGCUUAAGUCUUCACUUUUGUGCUUCGUUGAGGCUUCCACAUACUCAAAUGAAGCAUAUGAUAUUCCUGGCUUUACCCCAGCAGUGCGACUAGAUUGCCAGUCAGUACCUAGCGGAGCUCGGCCAAAAAGAGGCAUUCUAAUUCUACAAAUUUAGCCUCUCCAGUGUUCGAGUUCGCCACCUUUAAGUACCGUUCUUUAGGGAUUAUUGUAAAAUAUAAAAGUCCGACUUAUCCGUUGAUAAAGUUUGAAACAGAAUUUAAGGAUUUAUUUCAGCGGCACACGUUUUUAAAUAGUAAUUGUUUAGUGUUAGGAGAUUUUAAUUUGUGCCUUCACUCCAUCUCUGGCUGCUGUAGGAGAAUUUUCGAUUUUUUAGCAGAUGCAAAAGG